AUGGAGAUCUCGACGGAGAGGGAAAGCGCGAUUCACGUCCUUUCCACCGUCCGGGUAUUCCUCAACCAGAUUUCUCACCUCGUCUUCCAGGUUGUCUUUACCACUCCGGAGCCGAACCCUCGCAGUCUCUCGCCAACCCCGACGCUCCUUCUCCCCGAGUCCCUCCCCGUAGCGCGAGAGGCGCUCGAGGAAUCCUCACACAACCACGACCAUGGCUUCGACGUCGAAACGGACCCCUACCCUCUUCUUCCUCCGAACCGCCCGGUACUUCGCGAUGCCGCGCGCCACCUACCCUCCACGCACCAGAGCAUGUGCACGGCUACGAGCCAGUCCCACAAGAUGACGAUGCAGCCAGCUAGCGCGCCCAGCACCUUCAUCAGGCCGCGGCGCAAGUUCCACAACUACUUCAUCACCCAUCUUCCUUCCUCCUCCAUGCAUCCAGACCGGCGAAGCAUGGCAGGUUCCUUUGGCGACCCGCAGAUAUUCUACUUUGCCGUCUUUGACGGGCAUGGCGGAGGCGAGUGCUCCGAGUUUUUGAGAGACGAGCUUCACGGGUACAUAGAAGAAGCGUCCUCGGAGCUUGGUUUACGAAGCAGCCUGGGGAAGAAGCAUAGGCCGGGCAUGCCAUCUGCUAAUGGCGAAAAGAGGGAUGCUCCCAAGCCCUCCUCGAGCUCCGAACAAGUCAAGAUGGCGACCGCCGAAGAGGUCAAGAAGGAGAUGCAGGGCAACGUCCCCACGGUGGACGCCAACGACGUCAUCACCGAGCCCGAACACAAGGCCGCCGUCCACGGCGCAGACCCAGUCCCCGCCAGAGUCCGCGACUUCAAAUCCGCCAUCCACCACCUCGUGGAUCUAAUCAAGGAGUACCGCGAUACCGUAGGCGGUUACUUCCGCCGCUUCCAACCCGAGCACUUUAACCUCAACGACGAUAUCCCAGAAAUCACAGUAGAAUCCGUCCUCGAGUACGCCUUUCUCCGCGCCGACCUCGACUUCAUCUCCGCGCAGGCGCGCAAACCGGACCCCACGAUCUGA